UUUUACACUGUGUGCUUCCGGAGAGAGUAAUGGCAUCUCUGGAUAGGGUAAAAGUGUUGGUUUUGGGAGAUUCUGGAGUAGGGAAGUCUUCUCUUGUACAUUUACUUUGCCAGAAUCAAGUUUUGGGGAAUCCAUCAUGGACUGUUGGCUGCUCAGUGGACGUCAGGGUGCAUGACUACAGAGAAGGCACCCCAGAAGAGAAGACUUUCUACACUGAACUCUGGGAUGUUGGAGGAUCUGUUGGCAGUGCCAGCAGUGUAAAAAGCACCAGAGCUGUGUUUUACAAUUCUGUGAAUGGUAUUAUUUUAGUUCAUGAUCUGACCAAUAAGAAAUCCUCCCAGAAUUUGUACCGCUGGUCACUAGAGGCACUGAGCAAAGACUCCUCGCCCACUGGGAUCAUUGUAUCUAAUGGGGAUUAUGACAGAGAACAGUUUACAGAGAACUCUGUUCCUCUCUUGCUGAUUGGAACCAAAUUUGACCAGAUCCCUGAAAACAAGAGAAACGAUGUUCUGACCCGCACUGCAUUUCUGUCUGAAGAUUUUAACGCUGAAGAGAUCAACCUGGAUUGUACAAAUCCAAGGUAUCUUGCUGCUGGGUCAUCAAAUGCUGUUAAAUUAAGUCGAUUCUUUGACAAGGUAAUAGAGAAGAGAUACUUCACAAGAGAUCCUAGCCAGAUGCAGACUUUCACAGAUAGGAGGCGUUUCAAUUUCAAAAGUGUGCACUAUGACUGAGUGUAUGCAUGCACUUUGUAUGUGGGUGGCUUUAGUCCUGUUUAUAGUCUAAACAGUUUUAUUCUAUAUUGUAUUUCUGCAAAGAUCAAUCAUUAUAACUCCAGUGUGGUCAUUGUUUAAGUAUGUGUGUAUAUAUAUAUAUAUAUAUAUAUAUAAACAUUGUUUAACAUUAAAAUCCACUUUACCAUGACAGAAGGAUGAAUGUGGCUUGAUGAGAUAUAUCAUGUUCUGUUAUUUUUUGUUGUCAUGUUUAAUGUUUAUAAUAUGAGGAAUAUUAGGAUCAUUGGCACUGGGGUGUCUUGCUUAACACGAUGAUCAUUCGUUGGGAAUACCAUUUAAUUUCCCUUCUGAUGUUUACCGUUUCUACUAAUGAGGUGACAUGCACCCUGGUUUCUUUUUUUGUAAAAAGUAAUCUAUAAAAAAUGUUUCCCUUGUUUAUAGUAUCAUUUAAGGAGAGACAUUUAUUUCCUGAAUUACCUGAACCUACUUCUAAUUCAUCUUUGCAUUUAGUUGGUUGCCAGUCAUUUGAAAGUAGAAAUGAACACUCAUAUAUUAUUUUUUUUUAUUGUUAAUCUUUGUCAUUUAAAAAUAAUUUAAAAUGCAAGUCUUUGCUAUAUUAGCAAGAUGUUCAUACUGUGCAUGUACAUAGAGCUUUUUGAAACAUCAACCAAAAAAUAAAGGUGAGGGGCUUUGUGUAACACUGAUCUGAUUGAACAGAGAAGAGUGCACGCAGAGUGCUGAAGGCAGAUAAAUAUAGAGCCUUACUUGACUGCAUCAUUGCUCUCCGUCUCCUCAAUUCCAUCUCUGAACGUGGAGUUCUUCCAACAGUUUAGCUGCCACAACAACUACCGGUAAACUGCAAAUUCUGUAUGAUCUUAAUGUUUGAGUUUUAGGUCUGACAACAGCUCAAAACAGUACCACAAUACAAAUUAUUACAGAUAUACAUUUUUAAUCAUGCUUGUUUUAUUUUAUGCAAAAAAGUUAAUUUGAUAUCCCACAGACUCCAUACAAUGGGCUUAAGUCAGUACAUAAUUAUCUUUGAAUCAGCAUUCCUACACACUUAUGCAGCAUGUUACACUCUGUGUAUUGUUCAUAUUUCAUAUGAUAUUUAAUACAGUAUGUUGCCUAUUUAAGCCUUGUAUCAUAUGUUAUUUGUGCCAGAAACAACAUAAAAUAACCAAUUAAAUGAC